CAACCGAUUCCAUCCAGUUCUAAACCUGGUCUCUGGGAGACACCCGAACCAAGAUUCCCCAAACUAAGAAAAAUCUAGUACAGUACAACCGGUCUCUGGUUCCUCUCCGCCACCGGGUGCAGUCGCCAUGGACGACGAUGCGUAUGUGUUCCGUAAUCCAGUGACUGGGGAAUUCGAAAUACGGCGGUCCCCGGGAUCGACCGACGAGCUCCGUCGCCAGACUGCCUCCGCCGACGAGCUCCGUCGCCAGAGAGCCGAGGAAGAGCGCCGUGCCGCUGCGCAGAGCGCUCCCCAGCGCCGUCGCCAGACCGCCUACGCCGAAGAGCGCCGCCGCCAGAGAGCCGCGCGACGCAUAUCUCAUCCCGAGCCGUCCUCUUCCCGUCCAACUGAGAGGUCAGCUAGAAAUCCAGGAGGUGGAACCGCGAUUCAUGUUCGACAAAGUGUUCUAUAUUCAAAUCGGCCAAGGGUAUCUGGAAGCAGACGAGGACGAGAACUAUCACCAAACAAGAUACCGGCUGAGGAGUGUGCUAGGGAGGUUAGCAGCAGUGAGGGGCCUAUAAUUACAGAUCUGCCUGAAUUCAAGGCGGCAGCAUUGAAUGAACUGUCUCCUAAACUUCAGUCGCCCUAUUGGUGCAAUUUGCCUUACACUGACAGCAGUGACUCCGAGUCUGAAACUGUGGAGGACAACCCCGAUGAAGAGUCAGAUUUCGAUUUGGAGAAGGAGCUGCAAAAAUUAGAGGAGUACUUGGAAGCGCAUAGGAGCGACACUAUAAGCGAAGGAAUGGAUAAGAUUUUUGCUGUUGAGCAGGCCACUCUAGCUGCUGAAUUUGAAAACAUGUCAGCUGCUAAGCGUGCCGAUAUAAAAGCUCGAGCUCCCUACUUUGCUAAUAUGUUACCUCCCACAUGGCGUCUAUCUUCGCCAGCUGCUUCAGAAGCCCAGUCACUUCAGGCAACAGAACAGGCUUCAAGUGCUGAACCAUCACCGCAGCAUUUACUACGUCGACAACCAAGGCGUGGAGUUUCCAAGGAAGAGAUCAUUCAAAAUGGAAAAAACUGGAUGAAGAAGGAGGUGAUGCUGGCAUUUGAUGAAUACAAGGAGAGAAGUUCUAAUCUCAAGGGACUUGACUGCCAGUUUGAGAAACUAGACCACCAAUGUUUUCAUGUGGAACAUUAUAGCAAAAUCUUCCACCACUUCAACUUCUUUGUCAAGAUUACAGACCCUAGUUCAAGUGAUUCGAGAGUGGCGCUGUUCUUCGCUGAAGUGAAAGAGAUAUUCGGAAGAACAUACUACUUUUGCUGUCCUCUUGAACAAAAUGAAAAUGGUCGGUGCAAUGCUUGCCAUAACCAGGAAAUGGAUGAUCUGCAGCAUCCAGCUACGGGUGGAUAUGAACGGGGUUUGAUUGAUACUGUGUUCCCUUUCAUGUAUGAGGACGACAGUGAUAGUUCUUGAACGGACUUAGCAUGAUUGUUCUGAACCAAGUAGUCUUAGACACCAGAUGACAAUUUGUUUCAGUUGUUGAAUCAGAAAUAUUCUGUUAUGAGCCCCUGAUACUGAGAUUCUAUGUGAUGCUACUGUUUAUGCGCUGAA